AUGACCUCUAGCAGUAGGGAAGACAUCAAAGAUGCAAACUAUACCCUUGAUGUUACCUCUGUAAAUGACUUAGACCCGGUUAUUUCGACCGUGGUUUCAUUGAACGGUAAGAGAAUAGAAGUCCACGAAAAAGAUGCAGAUAUUGCAAUGCAAUAUAUUGACGACGUUACAGGUCUAGUGCUUGAUCCAGAGUAUGAGAAGAAGGUGUUGAGAAAAAUUGAUUGGGCUAUUUUGCCAAUUAUAGUCGGAUUGAUGUCGUGCCAAUUGAUGGAUAAAACUACGAACUCCUACGCUUCCAUCAUGGGCCUUCAGAAGAGCUUGAACAUGUCCGCAAAGGAAUAUAGUUGGGUUGGAUCAUCGUUCUAUUUUGGCUAUUUGAUUUUCCAGUAUCCUGCCAAUCGCAUGCUACAGAGAUUACCUCUAUCCAAAACUCUCUCCUUGGCAGUUAUUGCCUGGGGAGUCAUUUUGAUGUGCCAUGCAGCAUGUACUAAUGCUGCUGGGUUUUUAGCUUGUCGUGUCAUGCUUGGUGUAUUUGAAGGCUUCAUGAACCCUGCAUAUAUUUUGCUUACAUCCCAAUGGUGGAGAAAGAGUGAACACUUUAUGAGAACUUGUAUUUGGUGGGGGAUGCAAGGAUUUGGUACUAUUUUAGGAGCAGGGAUUGCCUACGGCUUGCAAGUUCAUCGUACUGGACCUCACUCUUUCCCUUCCUGGAAAUGUGUCUACAUUAUUACCGGAUGCAUAACGCUACUGCUUGGUUUUAUCAGUCUUAUUCACAUUCCAGAUGUUCCAACAAAAGCCUGGUUUUUGAAUGAAAAGGACAAGAUUUACGUUGUGGAAAGGGCAAGGGAGAACCAACAGGGGUUUGGGAAUCAAAAGUUCAAGUGGAAUCAAUUCAGAGAAGCGAUUUUAGAUCCAUGCACCUAUAUUUUCUUUUUCUAUGGUCUUUCAUAUGCAAUUCCAAAUGGUGGUUUCACCAACUUUGGCUCGAUGUUGCUAAAGGGCGAUUUUGGCUUUUCAACUGCAGAUGCUCUUCUAAUGAACAUGCCAGGUGGUGGUAUUGAUAUUGUGUUCCCAUUUGCAGUUGGGAUAAUCAACUACCACAUUUUCCACAAUCAAAGGUUGAUCUCCUGUAUUAUUGUCAAUUUGAUAGUUACAGUUGGAAUGUGCUUACUCAAUUUUACACCCCACAAGUCCUCGAAGCUUGUUGGUUAUUUAAGCUUUUACAUGGCUACAGCAGUAUCUGCCGGUAUGUGUUCGGUGGUCUCUUCUAACGUUGCAGGAAAUACCAAGAAAAUUGUUGUAAACAUGUUCUAUCUUGUUGGAUACUGCACAGGUAACAUUAUCGGUCCUCAAACUUUUAAUCCUGCUCAAGCUCCAGGGUAUUCUGGUGCAAAAGCGGCAAUGUUAGCUUCGUUUGCAGGAGGUUCCUGCUUGAUAAUGAUACUUUAUGUCAUUUACUUUUACAGGAACAAAAAGAAAGAUAGACUUGUUGCAGAGUUGGGUGAUAAGUACUCAGUUCCAGAUAACAUUGCUUUUGCUGACUUAACCGAUAUGGAAAACCCGGAGUUUAGAUACUCGUUGUGA